AUGCGAUCCCCUCGAACCCCUAUCAGUGGCCGGAGGUCGAUUGGGGUAUCUAUGUUAUUAGGUGGAUAUGUUAACGGCCUCCGCACGUCGGCUGUCUUUCUCUUGGAUUGUCGGUCUCACAAGUGGCACCAAGUGACCUCCAUGACAGUGCCUCGUGCUUCCCCCGCAGCUAGCGUGGUGGACGGCAAGAUAUACGUGUUUGGAGGCUUCAGGUACGACAAGACGAAGAAUUGGGGAGAGGUAUUCGACCCAAAGACACAAACUUGGGAUGUCCUGCCAGUGCUGGAGGAUGAGGAUCCGACUACAAGCUAUAUACAAUGUUUGAUCCACCACAGUGUGGUGGUAGAGGAUAAGGUUUACUUGGUGGAUGCAUGUAAUAGAACCUUAUUCUACUACUUACCUAGCCAGUGUAAGUGGGGAAGAAGGAAUCAUCUUUCACCUAAAACAGCUAAAAGGGAUUGGUGUGUGAUCGAUAACUUGUUAUACAGUUUUUGUCAUAACGGGAGAAUCUAUUGGUGUGAGCGAGAGCAGUUGGACCGGCGUGAUGAUGGAUUGGACAAUGGUGGAAGGUUUUCAAUUGCAACUUCUGCAGGCAGAAUUCUGUGA